AUGGGGACCGUUCUCUCUAUAUCUCCCGCGACAAAGAAGGCAUCUAUUAUCGACGCCGAAGUCACAGGAGAUGGACUCAAAAACGACAAGAGCCUUAAGCGGCACUCGAUGUUCGUCUCCCUCUCCUGGAAGAAGCUGGUGGCCAAUUCGGCCAAGAAGAGUGCCAAGAAAGUGACCCCGAAUCCGCUGCCCACCCGUGAACUCCCGCCCAGCCAGGUGGCUCAGCUCAACAACGAAAACAUAAGGAAAACGCACCAAACCGAGGAGAAGAAACCCAAAGCGCCCAUCCCAGUCCCGGUGCCAACGGUACCCACGCAAAACAACGAGGUUGUCGCCCAAAACGGGAGGCUCUCCUCGGUCCAGAAGCAGCCCAGCAGCCUGUCUCUGGUGUCACCGAGGCGGAUAGUCAUCCAGGCUUCCACGGGAGAGCUGCUGCGCUGUUUGGGGGACUUCAUGUGCCGCAGGUGUUACAAACUGAAAGAGUUAAACAGCGGAGAGGUCAUCCUCUGGUUCCGAAACAUCGACCGGACUCUUUUGCUGCAGGGCUGGCAGGACCAAGGCUUCAUCACGCCGGCUAACGUGGUGUUCGUGUACCUGUUGUGCGAAGACACGAUAGCGGACAGCAUCGACAGCCCGGCCGAGCUGCAGGGCACCUUUCAGACUUGCCUCUACCUCGCCUACUCCUACAUGGGCAACGAGAUCUCCUACCCGCUCAAGCCGUUCAUGAACGAGUCGAACAAGGACGUUUUCUGGGAGAAGUCGCUCCGGAUCAUCGACAGGAUGAGUGCCAAAAUGCUGCAGCUGAACGCAGACCCGCACUUUUUCACCGAGAUCUUCCAGGACCUCAAAAAUCAACGAGACACCUGCGAGUCAAACCUGGAUCGCUGA